UUUUUUUUUUUUUUUUUCUUUCCUUUCCCUGCCUAAACUCCUCUGUCAGUCUGUAAACAUUACCUGAGAAUUCCCCGGCCGAAACGGCUGCUGGGGCAAGAAACUUCUUGUCAGAACUUCCCACCUCCGGCUUCCCCGCCACCCCUCGCUUCGUCCCAAUCUACCGAGACGUUUUUUCUCCUCCCGAGGAGGAUUUAUCUUUUAUUUUAUUUUUAAAUUUUUUACCCUUUUUCAAAAGCACCCUGUGGAUCGCUUUUGGGGAGAGAUCAUUGCAAGAGUGGCCAAGUGGGACGUCUCCCUCCUCCGUAUUCGGGUUCUUGAUUAUUGUUUAGGGUGUUUUAUUAAUUCCCGUUUUGCUCGGUCCGGGGAGUUUCGCCCCCUGCCCGGCUCCGCGGCGCAUAGGAUGGUGUGGAAAUGGCUGGGCGCCUUGGUGGUGUUCCCCCUGCAGAUGAUCUAUCUGGUGGCGAAAGCAGCCGUCGGACUGGUGCUGCCCGCCAAGCUGCGGGACCUGUCCCGGGAGAACGUCCUCAUCACCGGCGGAGGACGAGGCAUCGGGCGCCAGCUAGCCAGAGAGUUCGCGGAGCGCGGCGCCAGAAAGAUUGUUCUCUGGGGCCGGACUGAAAAAUGUCUGAAAGAGACAACAGAGGAGAUUCGCCAGAUGGGUACUGAGUGCCACUAUUUCAUCUGCGACGUGGGCAACCGGGAGGAGGUAUACCAGAUGGCCAAAGCUGUCCGGGAGAAGGUGGGUGACAUCACCAUCCUAGUGAACAACGCUGCCGUGGUCCACGGAAAGAGCUUGAUGGACAGUGACGAUGACGCCCUCCUCAAGUCCCAGCACAUCAACACUUUGGGGCAGUUCUGGACCACCAAGGCCUUCUUGCCUCGAAUGCUGGAGCUGCAGAAUGGCCACAUCGUGUGCCUCAACUCUGUGCUGGCGCUGUCCGCUAUCCCAGGAGCCAUCGACUACUGCACAUCCAAAGCGUCAGCCUUCGCCUUCAUGGAGAGCCUGACCCUGGGGCUGCUGGACUGUCCAGGCGUCAGUGCCACCACCGUGCUGCCCUUCCACACCAGCACAGAGAUGUUCCAGGGUAUGAGGGUCAGGUUCCCCAACCUCUUCCCCCCGCUGAAGCCAGAGACGGUGGCCCGGAGGACAGUGGAGGCCGUGCAGCUCAAUCAGGCCCUCCUCCUGCUCCCGUGGACCAUGCACAUCCUCAUUAUCUUGAAAAGCAUACUGCCACAAGCUGCACUGGAAGAGAUCCACAGAUUCUCAGGAACCUAUACGUGCAUGAACACUUUUAAAGGACGGACAUAGAGGCAGGAGGCAGAGCCUGAGGGGCCCACAGUGCCCAGGCGCACAGCCACGCCCGUCUGUGGGCACAUUACUGCUGGGUGAGCCGGGCUGAUUCUGUUCCAGGCAAAGACUCUCAGCCCCUUGGGCCAGCCCCAGGACCUUUGCACAAGACUGAUGGGUGCAACCCUGCCUCCAUAGGGAGGCAAGAGUCCAGCCGGUGGCCACCUUGACACUUUUGUAUAUUUCCAAUUCUGUAGAGUUUACUGUUACGUUGCUUCUCCAGUCUAACCAUCCUCAGCCAUGUGCAUAAACUAUUUCCGAGAGGGUCUGUCCCAGGCGCUCUGCCUUCCCCUCCGAAACCCACUCAUCUUCAGCUUGAGCAAACUGGUUGAUCGGCAGGAAGGAAAAAUAAAGAGUGAUGGCUUUUGCAA